UGCAAGGGGUUUGGUGGCACACACCAAUUUGCGGGUUCCUGAUAAACUGCCAUUUCAUCCACAUGAAGGUCGACUGGCUGAGCCCACUGAGGAAAAUGUCAAGGCUGCACAGGAUGGAAGCCUGAAAGUGAAUCUUCCAUGGCUACAUGAAAGGAUGGAUAGUGUAAAUGAAAAUCCUCAUCCUGUCACUGGAUCAUCUGACCAUUAUGUCCUGUAUGACAGAUUUCAUGAGGGAAAUACAAAAGAUCCCAAGGACAUAUUACGCAGAAUUCAACUUGUCCCAGAGCUGAAAGGCUGGCUGAACAGUCAAGUUGUUGAACAGUUCUUUGCAAACAUGAGGAAAAGCAAUUACUUUUUAAGUAAUAUGAGUCCAUCCACACAUGUGUUUCUGAUGAGAAAUAUAACUCAUCAUUAUAACACUGUCACCAACAAGAAACUUGUGGAGAGGCAGCUCAGACAUGGUCGACUUGGAAAGAUCAAUAUCUCAUUGUCGGCACUGGGUCAAGCUGUCGUAGCCCCACAGGUGUGCAAUAAACCCAGAGAAACCACAGAAACGGUGUUGAACCCAGCACCUUCAAUGUCUGGUGACACUGAACCUCAGGUAAGAGUUGACAACAAGAAAGCCAAUAGAAGGUCAACAGAUGCAACUUUUCCUGACCUGUGUGGACCACCGUGCGAAGCUCUGACAAAGCCUGAGAACAUUUUGGCCAGCCGUUCAUCAUGGUGUUUUGUACCGCACCCGGGCCAACAACAGCUUCUCAACUAUGUUCUGGACAUCAGCAGACCCAAAGAUGAGCUGAUUGUUGAAACGUCUUCUGGAUGCAUCACGCAGGCAGAUUUUUGGACACUGGGUUUAAACAAACAAAUGGAAUCAACUAUUGGAAAUGGCUGUUUUGAGCUUAUCACUAAAAUUGUUCAGUCAAAGGUACUGUAUGUUGUAUACGAGGAUCGUCAAGCUUUAAUUUAAAGAGUUGUUGUUUUAAAUGUGCUGUUUUUACAUUCUAG